GUUGAAGAAGAAGAGCAAUUUACAAGGGCAGGUGUAAUGACUAAAGAGAGCUCCUAUAUCUCCGUGUGAUAGUCUACAAUUAUAUCUUACUCCGAGUGAAAGCAAUGGCUUACGGUGGUCCGUCAAUGAAUCCACCGGCUUUGAGUGGCUCAGUUUCCGGGUCUGCUAAUCUGAAGCAAGUGAAAUUGGAGAGAGAAAGCGAGCUCAGGAUCGAAGUCUCUGAAGAGCCUCUCAGACUCCGUGUGGUGAACGGGACGGCUGAGAUUUUCGGCUCUGAACUGCCACCUGAGAUAUGGCGUACGUUCCCUCCUCGCAUGAAAUUUGCGGUUUUCACCUGGUAUGGAGCGACAAUUGAGAUGGAUGGUGUCACGGAAACUGACUAUACAGCAGAUGAGACACCGAUGGUCAGCUACAUUAAUGUGCACGCCAUACUAGAUGCAAGGAGACGUUUUGCCAAAGCUUCCACAUCUAAUGAUCCAGAAUCUUCUCAGGGACCUCGGGUUAUUGUAGUAGGGCCUACGGAUUCCGGGAAGAGCACAUUGACAAAGAUGCUUCUUAGUUGGGCAGCUAAACAGGGAUGGAGACCUACAUUUGUAGACCUUGAUGUUGGCCAAGGCUCGAUUACAAUACCAGGAUGUAUUGCUGCUGCCCCUAUUGAAAUGCCACUGGAUCCAGUUGAAGGGUUUCCUCUUGAUAUGGCCCUUGUGUACUACUACGGCCACGCAUCACCAAAUAUCAACGUUGAACUGUACAAAGCUCUGGUGAAAGAGCUGGCUCAAGUUCUGGAGAGACAGUUUGUCGGAAACCCUGAAUCUCGAGCUGCUGGAAUGGUGAUCAACACAAUGGGAUGGAUCGAGGGUAUUGGUUAUGAGCUGCUUCUCCACGCAAUAGACACAUUCAAUGCCUCGGUUGUACUUGUAUUGGGUCAGGAAAAACUCUUCAGCAGGCUUAAAGAUGUGCUGAGAAGUAAGAGUAAUGUCGACGUCGUGAAACUUCACAAGUCUGGUGGAGUUGUAGCCAGGGUCAAAGAGGUCCGUAAAAGAUCGAGGAAUUUUAAGAUUCAGGAAUAUUUUUAUGGUUUAUCGAAAGAACUCUCUCCAUAUGCCAAUACAUCGAGUUUCAGUGAUCUGCAAGUGUUCCGAAUUGGUGGUGGACCACAAGCGCCAAAAUCAGCUCUUCCAGCCGGGUCUACCUCGGUUUCAAAUCCGUUGCGGGUGACGCCUGUAAAUAUCGAUGAUCGGGAUCUGCUGCAUUCUGUUCUGGCUGUCUCAUACGCAGAAGAACCAGACCAGAUCAUCUCAAGCAAUGUUUCUGGGUUUGUGUAUGUGACGGAAGUUAAUAUGCAGAAGAAGAAGAUAACGUAUUUAGCACCAUCGCCUGGGACAUUACCUAGCAAGUUGUUGGUCGCUGGAUCAUUAACAUGGCUUGAGUCAGUAUGAUCAUUAACAUAGCAUGUUUUUGCUUGGAGAAUGAUGCAGCAGCUCGAUUAUGUAAUUUUAAUUACAAAUAGCAUUUUUUUCUUUUUAUAAAUGCUUAAGGUUUUCUUAUAGUUUUUGAGUUUAAAAGAUUAUUGUUGUGGAUUAGAUGGUUUUCUUUUGUAAUUUGACUUUAUGAAGUGGGAAAAAAAAUGAUAAAUAAUGUUGAUUUUUUCUA